AUGGAGAAUAUACUGACGGUGGACCGGCAGUACCAGAGUUUGGAAGAUCUGCUCAGCUCGGCGGAGGAGAGUAGCGAGCGCAGUUUUAUACUAUCUGACAGGGAGUAUGGUUUGAUUAAGGGCCGGAAGAGCGCCGUUCGUUCAGUUGCCAAUGUGAGGUCAAAGACCAGCAAAGAUAACAAAGAGGAUACGCUAAACAAAGAUAGCGAAGGUGACGGUAACGUGAGUGAAGAGGAGAACAAAGUAGGAAAAGCCUCUCCGACUAGUGAUGACUACGACACGGACCUUGAGGACGACGACGACGAAGACGAAAAGAACAGGGAGAGGAGGGAAAAUGUAGACAUUGGUCACGUGUCCUAUAUGGACGCAUGUCAGCUCUUAGGCUCCUCGCCUAUCCGGUUAAUCUUACAACAGCUCAGGGAGCGCGAGAUCCGCCUUCAGCACGUGGGACUCAAUGCCAAGGAUACGGUAGCCCUAGCAUAUGCUCUGUUGCACAACAACCGAGUGGAGAGCCUGGAUCUAGAGGACAAUGGACUGUCAGAGGAGGCUAUCGUACAUGUUGUAGAAGUUUUACAUCACAAUAUCAACAUCGCAAACUUGAGUUUAUCAGAGAAUGCCUUAAAUAAAAGCUGUGCAGUAGUUCUAGGAGAAAUGUUGACGGAGACAACUUUCCUCACACAUCUAAAUUUGUCUGGUUGUCACCUCGGGGAUAUAAAAGUGAAACAGAUAGCACAUGGCCUGAGGGGCAAUGUUAGCCUGGUGUGGGUUGACCUCAGUCACAAUGAAAUUGGAGAACACGGCGCACAUAAUCUUGGAGCAGCUCUUGAAAUCAACGACACGCUAGAGGUGUUAAACCUGAGCUGGAACCACAUCCGGCGUAUGGGUGCAGUGGCGCUGUGCAGAGGCCUUCAGAAAAAUACUUCUAUUGUCAACCUGAACUUGUCCUGGAAUGGAUUCGCCUUUGAGGGCAGUAUCGUGCUGGAGGAGGCUAUCAAGCUCAACAAGACUAUACGGGUUCUUGAUAUCAGUAACAAUCGUAUCAACUGGGAGGGCGUUGUCUACAUCGCCCGGGGACUCAAAUUCAACACCUCAUUACAAAUGCUUAAGAUCGGCAAUAACCCGAUAUCGAUGGAGGGUUGUUUGAAACUGCUGAAAUCUGUGAGUGGUUCCAACAGUAGCGUGAUGCACGUGGGACUGGAGGACAUCCCAAUAAACUCCAAGGUUAUGGCAGUUGUGGAAGAAAUCCGGUUCCAACGCCUAUUUUCUGUCAACCAUGGAGGUAUACUUGACACCAAGGACAUUAUUGGUAUCCGCAGAGAGCGUCGGGAGGACCCCUUCACACUUCUCAUUCGUUACCUUGGUGUCAUGGGCAUACGGGUAGUCGACCUCUUCCGAAUAUUUGACACGGACAGUCAUGCGCAUGUCACGAAAGAAAGCUUCAUGAGGGGACUAAAGAAAAUCGGCGCCCCACUCCCUGACCGGGAUAUGAGGAUGGUAGCAAGACGACUAGACAGGCGAGGGGAGGGGUUUAUAAGCUACAGUCUGCUGGCCAACGGAGUACGUAACCAGAUUCGACAGGAGAAGAAAGAAGACAAACGGCUGCUGUUGCUGGAACUCAAAAGGAGGGAGGAACGAAAGCGGAUACUGCGACUGGGGGUAGGGGAACCAAAACUGCCUCCGAUUUCAGAUGUCAAUGUUUUCUCAUCUUCUGCCAAAGAAAAUUUUAGUAGACUUUUCAGUUCCUCUUCAUCCUCACUCAGUAGAGCUACGCUGCAAAGUAGAGGCGGGCGACUACCAAAAAUACAGGGCGCGGAUACGCCAGUCACCACAUCUCGGACAACUUUAUCUGAGGGAAAGGGCCAGUCUUCUGUCAUCACUCCGAGGACUCAGUUGACCUCGAGGGCUAACGUUAGUAACACACAUAUAGAAUCUAUCAGUGAACAGACAUCCCGCCCUACCACACCCCUAACACAAGUUGCACGUAUCAGUGGGAACUCAUCUCCUUGCAAUCAAACACGGCGAGAGGAGUCCUUUUCAACACCUACCCCUCGGAUACGACAUGAGUCUAGUCUGACCUCACAAUCGCAAGAGGUGUCCCCUUCUCACCCCUUACAUCAGAAGGCAUCCUCUUCAUUCCCUACAACAUAA